CUCUACGCUUGGGACCAAACAAAAGCUGAGCAUGUGUUGCACUGUGUUUAUGGCUAUUUGACUUUGAGAGAGGCUUCCAGACUGACCACUGACUUUGUGAAGAGCAGGACUCAAACCAACAUUCAGACUCAGCACCCUCUACUGUUCUUGAUAGGCACUGCAGUUGUGGCGUGCCCAGUAAUCACGCAACGCAAUGGCCCAAUAUGAUCAACUGGACGAUAAGGACUCGUUGGAUUUCCAUGACAACCCUCCAGCCCCGGACAAUGUGGUGAAAGAGGAGGACAAUACGCUCUAUUUCAUCUAUGAUGAAGAAGUGGAAGAAGAGGAGAAGGAGGAACCGCCUCCCCCUGAGCCGGUCAAGCCGGUCAACGACAAACCGCACAAGUUCAAGGACCACUACUGCAAGAAGCCCAAAUUCUGUGACGUCUGCGCCCGCAUGAUAGUCCUCAAUAAUAAAUUUGCUCUGAGAUGCAAAAACUGCAAGACGAACAUUCACCAUCAGUGCCAAUCCUACGUGGAGUUUCAGAAAUGCUUCGGUAAAAUUCCUCCAGGUUUCAGACGGGCGUACAGCUCCCCACUCUACAGCAGUCAGCAAAAUGCUACAGUCAGCCAGCUGCUCCCCUUCUCCCAGUCCAAUCGCACUGAUCCCGUGUUUGAGACCCUGCGUGUGGGAGUCAUCAUGGCCAACAAGGAGCGCAAGAAGGGUUCAGAGGACAAGCAUAAGAUGAUGAUGAUGAUGAUGGAAGAAGAAGACUCCCAGCCUAAAGAAGAUGAGGUAGGAGAGGGAGCAAAUCAAGAUCACCAGGGGGACAAGAAAGGGGACAAAGCUGCUGCUGAUGACAAGACAAAGAAGCCCCAGCCGGGCAAACUUGGUGUGUUCUCCCAAACUCACUAUUACCUCGCCCUGUACCGCUUCAAAGCUGUGGAGAAAGACGACUUGGACCUGCACCCUGGAGACCGUAUCACUGUGAUUGAUGACUCCAAUGAGGAAUGGUGGAGGGGUAAGUUUGGAGAGAAGUCAGGCUUCCUUCCAGCCAACUACAUCAUCCGUGUACGCUCAGGAGAGAGGGUGUACAAAGUGACCCGCUCGUUUGUGGGCAACAGAGAGAUGGGGCAGAUCACCCUGAAGAAAGACCAGAUUGUGGUGAAGAAGGGAGAGGAAGUGAACGGCUAUCUGAAGGUCAGCACUGGGCGCAAGCUGGGCUUCUUCCCCGCAAACCUGCUGCAGGAGAUCUGAGCUGGACUCUCAGAUACAGUACUGUACAGCCCACUGGAAAGGAGAGGUGCAAACGCACACCAAAGUCGAGGUGCAGGCAACUAAGUUUAAAGCUUAUGGAGAGAGAGAGAGAGAUGGCGCACACUCCAAGUUAUAAGUACGUU